AGGCGUCGUCCAUCAUCGUCUGGUUUUUCUUCCGCCGUUCCUGUCCAUCCCCUCCCUCAGACUUGCCUUCUUUGCGUACAGUAUAUCUUCCAUUUUUCUAUUAUUUCUUAACCUACACUUCAAAUCGAAGAAAACAUGUCAAAGGCACAAUUCUUGAGGGAGUACAAAUUGGUCGUUGUCGGCGGUGGUGGUGUUGGCAAAUCGGCCCUGACCAUCCAAUUCAUCCAAAGCCACUUCGUUGAUGAGUACGACCCAACUAUCGAGGACUCGUACAGGAAACAGUGCGUAAUUGAUGACGAAGUUGCUCUUCUCGAUGUCCUCGACACGGCCGGUCAGGAGGAAUAUGGUGCUAUGCGUGAACAAUACAUGCGGACCGGCGAAGGUUUCCUCCUGGUUUACUCUAUCACUUCUCGUGACUCCUUCGAAGAAAUCAGCACCUUCCACCAGCAGAUCCUCCGAGUAAAGGACCAGGACUCGUUCCCCGUCAUCGUUGUGGCAAAUAAAUGUGAUCUCGAAUACGAACGACAAGUUGGCAUGAACGAGGGUCGUGAUGUCGCAAAACACUUUGGUUGCAAGUUUAUUGAGACUUCAGCGAAGCAACGUAUCAAUGUCGAUGAGGCAUUCACCAACCUGGUCCGCGAAAUCCGGAAAUACAACAAGGAACAACAAACAGGUCGACCUGUGAUGGCAAAUUCUGGUAGCGGUGGACCUGGUGUGUACGGCAACGGCAAGGGAGACGCGGGGGACGAUAACCACAGUGGAUGCUGUGGGUGUGUUGUUGUUUGAGUCCCUGAUUAUAUUUCUUUAUCUUUCCAUUUGUUUUCUCCUCAUGCUUCGCAUUGUACGAUGGCCGCUUUCACCUUUCUUUUUCUAUUGACACUAUGAAGGGAUAAACUGUACAUAUAUUCAUGCUUAUGAUUCAAUGUUUUCAAUCGAUUUUUGAAUCGAGCUAGAGAGGUUCGCCGUGCCUGGCUUAUAGGGAU